AUGGCUUCGAGCGCUGCAUCUGAUCAGAAACUCCGUGCAGCGUCGAAACAAAACUUACAUGAUUUCAUUGGAUUAGGCAAUGGAAUCACCGGAGACGGGUGUGAUGGCAGUGGUUGCCGACAUCUCGAAGAGUCUAUCGCAGCCUCUUGA